AUGAUGUUACCAAGCCCGGUCACCUCCACCCCUUUCUCAGUCAAAGACAUUUUGAAUCUGGAACAGCAGCAGCAGCAGCAGCAGCAACAGCACUUCCACGGCACGCACUUGCAAGCGGACUUGGAUCACCACUUCCACUCGGCCCCCUGCAUGCUGGCCGCCGCCGAGGGGACGCAGUUUUCCGACGGCGGGGAGGAGGAUGAGGAAGAAGAGGGCGAGAAACUGACCUACUUGAACUCACUAGCCGCAGCCGAGGGCCACGGCGAUUCGGGGCUCUGUCCCCAAAACUACGUGCACACGGUUCUGCGAGACUCAUGCGGUGGGCCCAAGGAACACGAAGAGGGGCCAGAGAUCGUGAGGGACCGGAGCCAAAAAAGUUGCCAGCUGAAGAAGCCUCUGGAGGCGAGCGGAGACUGUAAAGCGACGGAGGAGAGCGAGCGGCCGAAGCCCCGCAGCCGCCGGAAGCCCCGGGUCCUCUUCUCGCAAGCUCAGGUCUUCGAGCUGGAGCGCAGGUUCAAGCAGCAGCGGUACCUGUCGGCGCCCGAGCGCGAGCACCUCGCCAGCAGCCUGAAGCUCACGUCGACGCAGGUGAAGAUCUGGUUCCAGAAUCGCAGGUACAAGUGCAAGCGACAGCGGCAGGACAAGUCCCUGGAGCUGGGCGCCCACGCGCCGCCGCCGCCACCGCGCCGCGUGGCCGUGCCGGUGCUGGUGCGGGACGGGAAGCCGUGCGUCACGCCCGGAGCUCCAGCCUACGGCGCGCCCUACAGCGUGGGCGCGGGCGCCUACUCGUACAACAGCUUCCCCGCCUACGGCUACGGCAACUCGGCCGCGGCCGCGGCCGCCGCUGCUGCUGCCGCCGCCGCCGCUGCGGCCUACAGCGGCAGCUACGGCUGCGCGUACCCGGCGGGUGGCGGCGGCGGCGGCGGCGGCGGUGGCGGCGGCGGCGGCGGCGGGGCCUCGGCGGCGGCCACCGGGAUGCCACCCGCCUGCAGCGCGGCCGGGGGCGGGCCCUUUGUGAACGUGAGCAACCUGGGCGGCUUCGGCGGCGGCGGGGGCGCGCAGCCGCUGCACCAGGGGGCCGCGGCCGGGGCGGCGUGCGCUCAGGGCACCUUGCAGGGCAUCCGGGCCUGGUAG